AGGAGGUUCAAAUUGGUUGCAGCUGUUCAAAAAAUGUUUUAAAGACGAAUCUUUCACCCCUCACGGCAACAGAUGCUCGGUCGGUGCUUCCCAAUUCAACAGCUCUUGACAGGGAAAGGCUAUCAAGCGAGUAGCUAAUCAUAACUACACCAAGGGCAAAACGUGACCAAAAAGAGCGGCUGCAACAAUAAUGUCGUUUACGUUAAAGGGCCACUUACCUGUAAAUUAACCUGUGUUCGCUUCGGCAAAGCGUUCGGCGAAGAUUAAAUUGGGGUGGCAAAAAUAAAAACGAGUCAGCUGGCUAUUAGUUAGCUCAUGGCUAGCUCCGUGGCUAACUCCUGGGACUUGCACCGUUAGCUGUUAGCAGCGGACUGACUGCACCUCUCGUGGGCUUGGCUCCGUCUGACAACGCCCGCCGCCAGCCGGGUAGUCUUUCAGACAACAAUGAUGGACAAGGCCAUCAUUUCCAAACUGCACCUAAAGUUUGCAGAGAAGACUUGGAAUGAAACUUUUCAGCUCGUCCGAAAAUGCAUGGAGAAAUCCAGAGACAAAUCCAAACCUUGUGAGACGCUUGUUAGAUCCCUGGAAAGACUCCAGAAAGAGCUUCGUGCUCCCUCUAUGAACACCACAAAGUCCCGUUUGGAAACGAUAGCCAAGCAACAAGGGAUGGGUUUUCACGUUACUGAGGCCACAUGCUAUCUGACAGAUAACUUAUUUUAUGUGGAAGUUGUGUUGUUACCAGAUGGUGAAGUGAAGGAAGUAAAAGUGGCCCCCCAUGGAAAAYCCCCUUCUCUCAGUGAAAUCAAAUUAAAAUUGCUGACGUCCCUACAAUAUCUUGAGAAAGAUUUGCAGCAGAUAUCAAAUUUGCAAAGGGAACCAAAGGACUGUGAUCCUCAAUUAGACCUGAUUAACAAUGGUAGAGUUGGGUUUUUAAUAGCAGGAAAAGAAGACUGUCCUCUGACUCUCGAGUUUUAUCUCUCUCCCACUGAUGCUCCAUUUGUCCAGGCAGCCCAAGUUACAGUCGGUGUCAGCGACGUGACUCACAGACUUCAGAUGGCUUCUGCACUCCCACAACUGCCUGAGCUGGAUCCACACAGUUGUGUUGAGUUCGCUCCACUGAGCGAAGUGCCAAAUGAGAUGUUGCCUGCCUGUUUCCUGCUCAGACUGCAGCCCCCACUACCGCUGAUGUCAUCUUUUGUUGAGAAGCUCAGACAGAUUACAGAUGUGGCUGUUCCAGAGUUUGACCAGCAGUGGGCGCCAUUACCCAGCCUUCUCCUAAAAACCUCACUAAGCGCGAACCCCUGUUUGAACACUUCAUUCCAACAGGAGGUCUUCAUAGUGCCUCUUCCAGGUAGGCUGAUGCACAGUUAUGUUCUCCCUGGAGCUGCAUGGGACGUGCCUACGCAGAGAGCAACCAUUGUGGACAGCGUUCCCUUCACCCACCCUGCUCAUGUUCCAGCCCUGCUGGAUGUACUGCGCCACCAGUGUGCCAUUAACACCCUGCUGAGGAGCUGUUGCUCCGCUCAGAGCCCCAGUCCAGGUUUGAGUUGUGACUGCCAUUUUGAAGUUACCCCAGAGUCUUCAACCAGCUUUUCUGUGACCUUCCACCAACCACACGCCGACUCUCUUGCUGUUUUGCUGUUGGAUGUAUCUAAUCCUCAUCACAUUACCUGCAAAUUGUUUGGAUUAGAGAGAAGUGAUUCCUCACUAGAUGAAUAUGUCUCCACAGUUUUGAAGAGCUGCAUGUCCAUUCCUGCAACCAUGAGGGCAUUAUACGGUAGGCUGGAGGAAAUAAUGUCCGGUCCCGUUCCUUCCAGCCGCCUGGCCACCACAGAAGCUAAAAACGACCACUUGACUCCUAAGAUGGAUACAAACGAAGAGUCAGCCGCAGUUUCCCAAAGUGCAGCUGUGCCAGAAGAUGAUGCUUUCUAAUUCAGCAUGUGGUGMCAAAUCUGAGCAUCCAUCUGAAAGAUAAAGCUCCCCUGUUGAGUCUUACCCAGCUGCUCCUGUGGGUGGGUUUCCUCAGUGAAUGGGAAGCAGUGGCAACCUGUCAAAAGUUGAGUUAUAUGUUUAAGAAAUAAAGCUAAAGCUUGGUAUUGUUUAAUUUGMUGUAGGCAAAAAUUGGUUCUGACUCCUAGUUUUUGUUAGAUUGAGAUGCUGAUAUGUAACCACCGGAGGUUUGAGUUGUGGUGCUUUGCAUUCCAGAGUGGUGUAGAUUGCUGACUCUAAGGUCUGAGGUCUGGGUUUGACCACAGGUGAYCAAGAGCCCAGUAGCCUGGUACCUUCUGAGUCAAGCAUCAUCUAAACAUGUUCUUAACGGCUCACAAGCAAAUGACGCCAAUGAUAGCAUAAACAUCCAAAACACAUAUUUUUGAGCUGCAUUCUUUCAUAAAGCAGUGAAACGAUAKUUCCAAUAUUUUAAAGUGGGGUUCUGUAGAAAAGUUGAUUUUACACUUGUGUUAGUAACUAAAAGGGUCAAUACUGUGGUUAUUUGGAGUUAUUWCAKGUAAGAUAWUACUUGUUUAUCUUUCCACAGAAUCUGUCUUUAAAAGUUCAGWGUUAAAUCUUGAAAGCUUUUUAAUGCUUCUUUAUUUGAGAAAAUAAAACUUAGUGCAAUGUGUA